AUGGCUUCCGCUCAACAGUCCACCUACGAUAGUCGGCACAACGCCACGUGGGGUAUCAAUGGGUUCGUCAUCGUACUGACUAUACUUUCGGUUGUGCUCCGCUUCUACACCCGUAUUUUCACCCGCGCCGGAUUGAAAGCCGACGACUGGUUAAUUCUAUUCGCCCUUAUCACUUCUCUGACGACAGUGGUGCUAGUCAUCUGGGGUAACUCUGUCAACCCGAACGGACUUCGUGCAUCGGAUAACACGAAUAAGGACUAUGUCUACUCGUCCUUAGAUCAUCUAUACAUUAGACUAUCCUAUGCCUCUACCAUCCUCUAUUUCACCGUCGCCGGUGCUACUAAGAUGGGAGUACUAGUCAUGUACCACCGUAUCUUCGCCAUCAGCGAUGUCUUUCGGUACCAGCUAUUCGUCGUGAGCGCCUUGGUUAUCGGCUGGUGGUUCGGGUGUACCGUUGCCGCAUUGCGGAAGUGCAAGGAUCUCGAAACCGGACUGAAUAGUACUCUAAACGAUCCCAAGUAUUGUAUCAAUUUCAAUGUCUACUGGAUGGCGGCCGGGGUAUGCGAGAUUCUUCUCGACACCUGGAUCCUGACCUUGCCCUUAAGCGUGGUGUUGAGGAUGCACUAUUCGCUGAGACAGAAAUUCGUCGUAUCAGGGAUCUUCUUAUUAGGAGCUUUCUCCAUAGGUUCUGGCAUCGCCAAAACUGUCCUCGCUUACCAGCCGGGAAGGCGGGCGCUGUCUUACGCCAAUACCGAAAUAUGGGCGGCCUUGCAUACCAGCAUAGCUAUAUUGUGCGCUAGCCUGCCCAUAUUCAGACCCCUUGCCAUCCAAAUAGCGCAGUCGUACCUCAUCGUCAAGAUCAGCAGCCUCUUGACUCGGCGACGAAAGUCCGGGAGUGAUAAUUAUAACCUUGAUAAAACACCAAGCGGAGAUGGAAGCGGAAGUGGGCGUGGAAGUGGUAAAGGAAACGGUAAUGCUAGGUUCAACCAAUAUCCCAAUAUAUCGUUUAUAGAGACGGACAUGGUUCAAGACCGUCUAAAGCAGCCGAGCCCGACUUAUUCCCGCGUGUCGCUCGUAGAUUAUGCGAUAGAUCGGGUAUAUGCUAAGGACCCAUAUGAAGAGAUACAGGAACUGGCUCCCCAGCUACCCGAUAUCGAAAGAACGGAUUCUCUAGAGCUAUCAUCGGACAUCAGACCUUUCACGACUUUGUCCCCGCAUAGAGAAAGUAGAGAGAUAUAUCACUAG